ACUGCGCUCUCAUCCUCGGCGUGGCUUGUGUCUCUGCCUACUCCUGUGCGUAAGAGCGCACAGAUGGAUAUGUAAACGGAUGCACUCCUGAAAUCGCGCAAUGAGAGCUGGUGAAAACACCUCUGGAAGGACGUACAAAAGCGAACAUCAAUAAAAAACUGGAUAACUCCGAUCAACUAAAGUUCUGUCAACGGAUAUAUAUAUAUUUUUAAUUACUGUAAUAUCGAUUGGCCUUUUCCUUUCCAUUCCUGUCUAUUAUUUUCUUUUGUUGGGAGAUGAUCUGUUGAUAACGAUGUCCAUCAGCGCGGAUGACGGUGCAUCGCUCCUUGGCUGCAUGUUUCUGGACAUCUCCCCCUGUCAUGAUCGUGCGCCUUCCCCCGUCUCUCAAAAUAAGCUCGUUUCUGUGUGAAGUUGAUCGGAGGAAGAAGCGCGAUGAGAGGGAAAUUCUUUCUGCUCGCUUUCUUAUUGCUUAAACUUAUGGCUCUCGUGUGUAAGGCCGACGGGGAGCCAGGACUACUCGGGGGAUUUGUCAUGAUUGCCACCUCUAAUGGCACCCGGGAGGAGGAGAGCGUUUCGGAAGAGACGCCUCACACCGAGGACAGGUGCCGAGGCUACUACGACGUGAUGGGCCAGUGGGACCCGCCGUUCAUCUGCAAGACGGGCAAUUAUCUGUACUGCUGCGGCACCUGUGGCUUCCGCUUCUGUUGCUCGUUCAAGCACUCGCGGCUGGACCAGAGCACCUGUAAGAACUACGACACCCCGUUAUGGAUGAAGACCGGGCAGACCCCCUACAAGAAAAGGAGCCCAAACGACAACAGAACUAAAGACAAAACGAACUUAAUCGUUUACAUCAUCUGUGGAGUGGUGGCCAUCAUGGCACUGGUUGGGAUUUUCACGAAACUGGGAUUGGAGAAAGCGCACCGGCCCCAGAGAGAGAACAUGUCCAG